CUCGAUCGUUACUAUCGUGCACUCGCUUGCACAAACUCGCCCCGGUUGUUGUAUGGGAUGUGAAAAUCACACGCGGAUCUGCAUGUAGACAGAUACGACCUCGCCUGGUGCGAAAACGACGAUUUGCAGAGCUCGGCAUGUCUGUAACGUUGACAAUAACACCAAGUGCAACGACGGAUGAAAAUCCGACCGAAACCUUGGGUGAAAAAUGGAUGAACUUCGUAAAGAUGAAAAAGAAAGAGACAAAGUCAGCGCUCGUUCCAGGCUCUACUUCUGUCUCAUGGCGGUCACUCUGCUCUACAGCAGCAUUGUUUAUCUCAUCCCACACGGGAUGAAAGACUGGGGCGAAUGGGGAGUGUAUCAUAUGAAGGUUUUGGCCUGUUUCAUCGCUUUCAACUGCGUGGCGAACUUUCUGUGUUUGAUAUGUUACGACACAAGUAUAAAAAAGAUAAAAGACAGACCCGGAUUGCCGCGACAUUUGUGGGAAAAACCGCCCGACCGCUUUAUUCCGUAUCUCUACAACCACUCACAGAAUAGCAGAGGCGUUGUCAUGCAAAACGGGUCGACUGUGGACCAGAAAUACGAGCGGAAUCACAUGGAUUGUAAGGAUGGCCUUCCGUGGAGCUAUUGUGACAUAUGUGACAUCGACCUUCCACCACGCGCAGUUCACUGUUCCACGUGUAAGAAGUGUAUCUUAAAACGGGAUCACCACUGUUAUCUAACCGGCGUUUGUGUGGGCCAUUACAACCAGCGGUAUUUCGCCAUGUUAGGGUUUUACACCAUGGUGUCCUGUGUUUGGGGUUUCUGUUUGACUCGUGUGUACCUCAUCGCAAAUGCCUGGGAUGUUUUUUCGUGGAUAGAUUUUUUCCCGCCUUAUAGUUUGUACCGCGUCUUAAGUGGGUCGUUAGAAUUUCACAUUUUCAUCAUGAUACAUCAUUUGUGGAUAUUAUUUCUCUUUGGCUUUGCAGGUUUCAUGUACUUCACUUGCCAGAUAAUAUUGAUCGUACUUAACAAAACGCUGUACGAGUUCACCAAGAAAGACCGUUACCGAUCCACAACUUCUGUUGCCAGGAACUUCCGGUCUGUUUUCGGCGAUUUCUGGUUGAUAAAUUUCAUCUUUCCCGCUCAAAUUAUAUUUCGCCAAUCAGAUGACGGUUAUCACUGGGUAGGUCUUAAGAUGAAACAGUCGGAGCACAUUUUGUAACCAGUGACUUGUAUUAGACAAGCGGUAAGUCAUGGACAAUCUUGAAUUACCAUUGGCUUUGCUGUAGUCUUUUAGAAUGAGAACUUACGCCUGGAGAUGCAUGUGUACACAACUGUUAAUCGAAUGUAUAUUGACCUACAUGCCAUGGUUUGUGUCAUUGUACGUGAAUUUAUUUUUGCUGACCCACAUUAACAUGAAACAUGUAAUAUAAGUAAUAAGUAAUGUAUUGGAUAGGAUCAUGGGUCAACACACGACAAAGAGUCGCUUCAGGGUCAAUUCAGGACGUCUUUAAGUCAAAUUCACAUAGACCGAUAUCUUCAACGCGAUAGGUGUAUUUUUGGAACAUGGAAGAAGAAGUGGACAAGAGUUGUGUCCAGUUAAGAUUAAUAAAACUAAAAAAGCUGAAAUAGGGAUAAUAUUAUUUUUUUUUCCAUGUAAAACCAUAAGGACAGAAGUAG